CCCGUAUCCGAAUUUCCGUUGCUUGAGCAUCACGACGUGACACAUUUAAUGCAAAGAGAUUGCUGUCGAUUCGAUUCUUCUGCUCAAAAAUGAAUCAGACCUAGCAGACACACACCAGUUUCAACCGUCUCUCUUCCUCUCAUCCCAAAGGCUCCCAACACAAAAUAACUCAUCAAAGCCUUUACUGUUCAAUUGGGUUUUGGCUCUUGUCUUGAUGGCAUUCCUUCCCUCGCGUUUUAAGAAGAAGAAAGCUCUCAAAGGAGAUUUUGAUCUGCUCGAGUGUUCCAAAGUCGAUGUUGGGAUGACAGAACAAGAGUGUAACUUACCUCCAGGCUAUAGGUUUUCUCCGGUCGAUGAUGAAUUGGUUCUGUUUUACUUGUUUAACAAAAUUGUUGGUCGUAAUAUACCAUUAACUGAUGUUGUCAAAGAGAUUGAUCUGUAUGAGCAUGAUCCGGAUCAGCUACCCCAAGAUGAUUACAGACAUGGUACCAAGCGCUGUGAAGCUUAUUAUUUCACCAAUGUCGAACAAGUUUACAGUAGGGAAGGGAAGGUCACUAAGAGAACUACAAAGGGUGGUUACUGGAAAGUAACUAGUGAGGGAAAGAAAGUUACAUAUGGGGAUGACGAAAUAGUUGUUGGGUUUAAAACGUCUAUGUUAUUCAAUAAAGGACAUGUUCCAGCACCAAGAGGGACCAUAAGCUCCUUUAUCAUGCAUGAGUAUAGAGUUAAUCCCAGUAUAGUUCCUGUUGAUGUGCUUAAUGACAGCAUAAGGGCAAAGAUUGAGAGAUUUGUGGUAUGCAAAAUUGUAAACAAAGAGAAAGAGGCUCGUCAAGAGGGUCCUCCCGCAUAUAAACUUCCACCAGAACUGCCUAGCCAUGAAGAUGAGGAAUCAAGUUGAUAUGGCCGAAAUAGAGAAUGCUGGCUUUGUAUUAGGACCAAUUUGUUAGUUCUGAUUUCAAGUUUCUGGAUCUUUGAUGUAAAGCAAGUUGCUUAGUC